UGCCACAGUCCAGCGGACAAUCAAGAGUGAAGCACCCUGCCGGUCGGGAAGGAGCUGACGCCAGCUGGGUCCCCGGCAGCCAUCAGCCACCCCGCUUUGAGGUUCGGUUUCGAGGCCAAGCUAAAGAAUUGCAUUCUCCCCAGUCACAGACCCUGUAAGAUUUGGAUAUGUCCUUUAUAUUUGACUGGAUUUACAGUGGUUUCAGCAGUGUGCUACAGUUUUUAGGAUUAUAUAAGAAAACUGGUAAAUUGGUAUUUCUUGGACUGGAUAACGCAGGAAAAACCACCUUGCUGCACAUGCUAAAAGAUGACAGACUUGGGCAGCACGUCCCGACGCUGCAUCCCACUUCAGAAGAACUAACCAUUGCUGGCAUGACCUUUACAACUUUUGAUCUGGGAGGACACGUUCAAGCUCGAAGAGUGUGGAAAAACUACCUUCCUGCUAUCAAUGGCAUUGUAUUUCUGGUGGAUUGUGCAGACCAUGAAAGGCUGGUAGAAUCAAAAGAAGAACUUGAUUCACUAAUGACAGAUGAGACCAUUGCUAAUGUGCCUAUACUGAUCUUCGGGAAUAAGAUCGACAGACCUGAAGCCAUCAGUGAAGAGAGGUUACGAGAGAUAUUUGGUUUAUACGGUCAGACAACAGGAAAGGGCAACGUGCCUCUGAAAGAACUGAACACCCGGCCCUUAGAAGUCUUCAUGUGCAGCGUGCUCAAAAGGCAAGGCUACGGAGAAGGCUUCCGCUGGAUGGCCCAGUACAUCGAUUAACAGCCCCUGCCACCGAGGCAGCCCCGGUCCAGCCUCGCCACACAGGCCUGCUCCGAGAUUUGAUUGCUGACCAUGCAUAACUUGAAUUCAAUAGACUUUCAUUGGUUAGAAAACAGAUAUUUUUUAGAUUAUUAAUAUUAUAUCAACUUAAUUUGAGUGAGAAUUGAAAUCCGAGUCAAAUAAGUUUGACCAUCACAAUGUUAGCUUUCUAAUUCCAUGAAGAUACUUGGUUUUUACUCUUUGUAAUCUGACACGCCCCCCAGUGCCAUUUAUGAAGAGCAGCUUCCCAGCAGGACAGUUGAAGCCGUUUUUAACAAUAUGAAACUGCAAAUAUAAACCACAAUUAAAAGCUCAUCAUGUUAAAUUUUUAUGUACUUUUUGAAACUAGUUUUUCAAUUUUAGAUUAUGUACACCCACCUACCUGAAGUGUACAGCUAAUAAUUAGCUUAUUGAUGAUUGCAUGAUGCCUUACAGGUUUCAGUAUUUUUUCUUAUGCAAAAGUCAUGCAAUAAAACAGACCCUGGUGUUUGGCAUUGCUGCUGGACAGAUGUUCCGUUCAGGGUCUCACCUGGCCAGCGCGCCCGGACCCUGGAGCGUUUCUAGUGUACGUGGAGGUUGUUGCCGAGAAACAAGCCUGCCUCAGAACACUCAGAUGUUGCAGCCCUGGGGACGUCCCCGCCUGCCAGGGGACCGGCUGCUCUUGGUUGUCCCUCGCGCCGCAUUUCUCUGAACCGGUGAAUUUUUGCAGCGACACUGGCAUCCCCGGUACCGAGGGGGUCCGUGUCCCGGCCCCCAUGGGACUGCAUCUGGAGGAAAACACUGCUCCCCGUGCAGCAGGAGGCCCCUCCUGUAGCCCCGUUCCAGUUGUCUCUCUCUGGAGUGCGUCGGUCUUCCUUGUGCCUGCUUUGGUCAUCUGUGCCCCGUCACCAAAUGUGACAGGCACCAGUCUCCCCACAUUCAUACUUCAUGGCACUUCCCAGGGCAAGCGACCCGUGGGGAAGCGGAGCCUGUCCUGCUGCAGCAGCCCCGCCGUGCGGGUUGCGGGGUUUGGCCCCCGCCCUGAGCCACGUUUGCAUCCUACUCCGUAUUUCACUUCUUGGAAAGAAAGUGAACGCUUGUGGUUCAUUGUCCUUUUCCUCAGUGGCUCUCAGCCAGCCAUUCGCAGUGCGGCACAAAGGCUUUUAUUUUUGGAGGUGAGGCUUGUCCUUGGCCGUGUGCGCGAGCCUCGCCGACAGCUUCACCAGCAAAGGCGUGGCUAGCUUUUUAAUGCAUUCUAAUUUCCUAAGACAGUGAGUUAUUUUUCCAUUUAAGAUCCCCCUAGUUAGUAAAAUCAGAUGAAAGAUAAGUGCCAACUAUGUAUCUUUACAGACUCUCAAGCUUAAGAUCUCUCUGUUGGUUAUAGGCCAAGAUUUUACAGUGUAUUUAACCAACUGCAUUGAGAAUAUAUUGCUCCAGUGCCAUCCAGAAUAGUUUAAAUAUUAAAAUUAGUGUUUUCUCUAGCUGUUGUCCAAAUCAGCUUCUCUUGUCCUCUCGUCAGCGAUGGGAGAUAGGAGCGGACGAGGACUGAGGGCCUGGCUGGGACUCUGAACAGAACGUGCGGGUGCAGUAAUUUGGCUAUUUCACUUUCAGCUUCCUCCCUGCUUAGAAACGUCAGUAGCACCAUGGGAAAGGUAGGAAAUGACAUUUCAGCCUGUUGGUUCAUUAUGUUUAAGGUCCUCACUUGUGAUGCCCUCACUACACAGAACUGGGCCUUAUUGGAAGUGACUGCCACUGGUGGAUGGAAUGCUCCUUCAGUUCAAGUAUUAUUUCCUAAUAUCUGUGGUGAUGCAUCAGAAGUCAACUACUAGUCUCACAGAUUGGUAUGAAGGCAGAAGCUUACCAGUUUUUCCAGAGGGGGAACAAUGCUUUUUGGUACAAACUGCCUUGCUCCAGAAUUCUCAUUCUCGUUCUGACUCCGGGAUCAAAGAAACCAAGUCACUCUGUGGACCGCAUCUAAUAAACUGUGGGCGUUUUCCCACUGACGUGUGGCCUGAACCCCUAGAAAGAGCUACAUGUAGCAGCCACAUCUGUCCUCUGAGCGCCAGGGACACAGGCCUGCAGAGUCCCCAGCCAGGGGCCGCACUCCGGCUCCUUGGCUCCUUGGGCUCUCACCCUGAGCCCCUGAGCCCCACCGCCCAGGAGGGCGGCAGGGAGUCGUACGGCGCUCCGGGGGAAGCCUGUGCGGGUGUGCACGCCUCGGGGGGGCUGGCAGGUGGACGGCCUGGGGGUGCAGAUUAAUGUGCCUCCACUGCACGGCGUGGAAAUGUGCUUGUUAACGCUCACGUGCAGGGUGAGAUUUGGUUCCUUCUAUGUUGGGCAUGUCCAAAAGAUGUGUUAAAAUCUUAGUUCCAAAACCAAAAAUACAAAGUCUCAGUCCACUUUCGUAUUUCUAAGGAGAUUCUCAACCCCACACCUAUUUCAAUGACUGCUGUUAAUGUUAUUUGGGUAACUGGUUCAGUGGAUAGAUUCCAGCUUGUCUUUAUCUCAGUCUUUUUAGAAUGGAGAGCACAGCAUUUUCUGAAUCGGGGCGUAGACACUCCCUAAAGCACAGUCGUGCCCCCUUCUCUCAUGGGAGACAAGUUCCAAGGCCGCCCGCUGGGGUGCCCAAAACCGCAGACAGCACUGAGCCCUCUGUGCUGUGUUUGUAUUUUUUUUGCAAUGCAUAUAUAGCUUUUUGCUGUAAGGAAGCACUUUAUGGCUCCUCGGCAUAUUUGAAUGCCAUUACUCCGUUGCUUCAGGCCUGUUGUUAAGUAAGAGAGGGUCGGUGGGGCCGGGCGCUGACACACUCGUGCCAGCUGCUGAGUGACCGACGGGCAGGUUGUGUACCAAGUGGACUCACUGGACAGAGGGAUGGCUCACGUCUCGGGUGGAGCAGGGUGGGCGGCGUGAGAUUUCAUCACAGUGCUUUUCUCAGAGUGGUGCGCAGUUUAAAAUGUGUGGGUUUUUUAUUUUUGGAAUUUUCUAUAUAAUAUUUUUAGAUAUUGGUUGACCGCUCGUACCUGAAACCUCAGAAAGUGAAACCGCGGAUACCGGGGGGGGGGAACCACUGUGUAUGAAAACUACUCCUUACCAUCGCUUAGUUAACCCAGUAUCUUUGAGUGCCAAAGACGUGUGAAUUUAGACACUGCCUGCACAGACCUAAAUUUUAGUUCUGUGUGCCUGUGUACGUAAGCACCAUGUACUGUGGUUUACAAUGUCUGAGCAGAAUGCUGUUGCUUUUCCUUAGUUUUCAACUGGCUCACACUUCUCCACAGCGCUUCCCAGGAUUAAGGACGUGGACCCCUUGUAAACCACCAGGACAGGGCACUGGCUGUGCUGAUAGUGUUGCUCGCCUUCUGCAGAAUGAUUUCAUCAGCCACAUUCAAAAUCCAGCAUUUUCCCGAAUCCCACCAUUAAAAACUAUACCUUUA